AUGGCCUCAUCUUCCACCCUAACAUACGUUAUCGAUCACAUCUUCCUCCCGCCGAAGUUGCCUCAGAAGGAUGAUAAUGAUUUCGAGAAGGAUUUGGUAUUAAUGAAGGAAUGCAAGACUUCUUUGAGCUUAUUCCAAGCCUAUUGGCCUUCUCAAGAGCAUUGGAGAUGGGUAGCAUGCGCCAAGAUGCUGAGAGAGAUGAUCGAGUCCAGGGAUCCUUGUGGAGAUAUGAUUUCAGAAAGAUUGGAAAAUUCUCUUGAUGAGAUGAAAGACAAAGAUGCUCUCGCCUUUCAAAUCCGUGGUCAGAAUGCGGGAUUGAUUAUCCGUAAAUCUUUUAAACAGGUCUCAUUUGAGUCUUUCGAACUUUCCCCUACCAAUGAAUCGGUUAUAACAACGAAAGGGCGACUUCGAAGGCGUUUUCCAGGUCCAGCUAUCGCUGUGGGCUUGGAUAAGAUUGCCGAUUCCUCUUUUCGUGAAGCUCUCGCACAUCUUCUUACCAACCUGGAUAUUAAUACACCAAACGAGUCAUGGCCCGUUGCAACCAAGGCAAAAUCUCAGACAAUCGAAGUUCGGGACACAAUCAAUCCUAAAUUCGUUACAGAGAUGCUUACUGGUAUAUUGCGAGGUAUUGGUCAACCUCUUGAUGUUACUCGAAUCUACAAACGCACCCGCGAUGAUGUCCUCUGGAAUAAAGCAUUCAAGCCCUGGCGUCGAUCACCUAAUUGGCUUCUGCUUCGAGUCGCUCUGCAGACCAGCCUUAUAGCAGACUCAAAUGACGACCAUGAAAGAUAUAAGUCAUUCAUGGUCUUUUUCAUGGCACGUAUCCUAGAAAACGCAUUGCAACUUUCUCUACCAAGCGACAUCUUGUUCAUCAUGGCUGCUAAAAUCAGCCGGCGUGUGUUAAAACUCGAUUUGAGGGAUGACCCGCCUUGGAUGAAAUACAUACAUGGAAUUAUUAAGGCCACCCAUGAAGAGCUUGCUAAGAGAUGGGAUGAAUUAGAGCAGGAGACGGAUCCACUUGGAUCGCAGAAAGGUUGGAGCACUUCUCAAUUAUCGUUUGAAACAGACACACGGCUAAGUCUCUCGAACCUUCGGCCAUAUCUUGAUGGAAUACCGACUCGUCCAGCUAUAUCUUCGCAUGGUGAGGAAUACAGCCCGGAAUGCACACUUCGCAUCGACACGCAUAGUUCGAAAUUCCCCCAAAGAGAAGUCCGGAGACUCAAUUCCGGGAAUCCCACUCAUCUGGCAUUAAUGGAUAUAGAGCUUUGGGUAAAAGAGAGCCUUAACAAGUGGCUGAACUCCAAUUUAUAUUCCAAGAAGACCUGCAGCCUACUGGCUGAGCUGAUCCAGGACUACACAAAAGCUGCAACAUCUACUUAUGCAAAGAGCCCUGAAGAUAUUUCUUUGAUGCUACUUACCACUGUUGACUUAUGGGUGGCCCUUGACAGGUGUGCCACUCAUCAUGAACCAUUACUAAAACAGUACAAACCGGGGUUUCCCUUAUCGCUUUUUGAUCCUUUGUUGCUGCCCAAACGUGCUCAGAUGGAUCGCUUGGACCGUAUUGAGAAGUACAUCAAGAAGAGGGACCAUGAAUCUACAUAUUCUUCAUCUCUCAUCUUCCAAGACAUUAACGAGAAGGAAAGUUUUGCUGUUCAAUACUUUGAACAAUCUUUUCAUCAUCAAAAGCUCUGUCGCGAAAUAGAAACAAGUGCAACGUAUGAACGCUCUCAGAAGAAGAAUGAGCUAGUCAAGAAAAAAGCACAGUAUCUUGACUUAAUCCAACGAUCCGAGUCGAUGGACCAUGAAGAAGUGACUAGGUGGAAGAAAAACCGUAUCAUCACUUUUCACCCUUCUUAUUGCAAGAAAUGCCAAUUAAAGAAUGAAGCAAACGGUCUCCAAAUCGGUGUUCAUGAGUGGCCACUUCCAUAUAUCGAAUUGGAGGCAAAAUCAACAGUAUUUGAACUUGAUGUUCCUAUAGUCAUAAACCAUUGGCGGGAUAUUACAUAUACUCUUCUUGUGGAUAUCUUUUCUCCAUCUUGGAGUUUAGGAAACAGAAAGGUAUAUCAUCUUCGGGAUUACAAAGGGCUGUGCAACGAUGACCAACUCCAGACAACUAGGCUACAGCUUGCAUCUGACUCGAAGCCGUUUGUAGUGUCCCACUACCGUAUCCAGAAAAUCCCUCAAGCUACGGAGACAAACGUAUGUGUCAACAACGGCUUGCACUAUUCCUUGUAUGACUCGAAAUCGAGUAAAUGGACCUCGGAGCUUCUAAACCGUAGUAAUGUGCGGAAUAUCUGUACUUUUCAACUCCCAUCUGGUUCUUAUAAAACGCUUCAAUGGACUUUGAAUACAACUUUUCAUACGCCAAAUGAGGUUCUCGCUAGGCAAAAUGAGUGCUCGAGGACGCUUGACCAGAAUCAGUUCUACGCAUUUGGAAUGAUGCGAUCAGGUCAUCGUCUUCAAUGGCGCAAUUUGGCCCGUGAGUUGACUGCUCGCAUUCUCAAUUUCAGCCACGAGGAAACAUAUAUGCUGGUAGCUCAGACAGCUUGGCAGGCUGGUUGCUCAAGUACAAGCCCAUGCCGUGAAUCUCAUAUUGAUCUGAAAGAAGAAGAGUUUGGGAUAUCUUUGCUAUCCGCCAUGGAAAACGUCCUCGGAACUGUGGAAGGUAACUGGCAAGGUACCAUGGCAGUGCGCACAUGUAUAAUCCUUGCAGUUCGAUUGCUCUCUCUAUCACCAUAUACAGAGGUCCAGAAUGGUUGCUAUCGCUUAUUGGGACGAGCUCGGGAGUGUACCUUGAGAUGGACCCGAGACUUGGGUGAAGUGCUUGGCGAAUGCCAAAAUGCGGAAGAGUCAAAGACUUUAAGCUUACGCGCGCUUGAAGUAGCUUUGACAUGCCAUAGCACAUUCGAAGUUAAGCAGGGCCAUCUCUCACAGUUGUUGAGGUCGAACGAGGACAUCGCAGUCAUAACAGAAUGCUGUAUUGUUAUUCACGAACGAUGUCCUGCUACCACGGAAAGCUUACCUCAGUCGUUGAAAAUUAUGCUACUUCAAUACGAGAAGUUAUCUCACUUUCUUGAGCCCGAAUUGCGUCGACGCAUCCUACGAGAUAGUGAAGGAAUUGAUCGUACAAUACAACGAAUCUGGGCAGGAUAUCUUCCAAGCAACUCUUGGGCCACCUUCAACAGACCAAAUGAAAGAUGGCUUAUGACCAAUACAUCCUCUGUUGAGGAAGGCUACUCCUCGAAGACUGUCCACUAUAAUAUCUUAGACGGUAGUCUCCUAGUGGAUGGAUUGCCACUCACAAGAGUUCCACGGUCUUAUGAAUUACAUGAAACUUACCGUCGAUUAUUUGGCGAGAAAGUGCUAGAGGUAAUUCCAAGUACGAUGGAAGGAAUGAUGUUUGAAAUGAGGAAUGAGAUAGACGGCCAACAGGUACAUUUCCAAAUGUUUGGCACCGAGCUCAUUAUCCGAACUCGAAGACAGCGAAAAAUUUGUGAGUUGGUGCCAGCUUCCAAGAUGCGUAAUGAUUUCCCCAGGGCUUUCAUUGAAGAUUACGCACAUUGGCUAGAUAUCGAUACGGGGAAAAUCGAAUGGCGGCCGUUGAGACAUGCAUGGACUUCUUGCUCGAAAAAUUGGCAGAUGCGUGUUGACAGACGUGAAAUUUUGGUAUUAAGUAACGGUAGUCAAAAGAUGAUCGACAUUCACAGCGCCACGGCUAGAAUCAUCUCAAAGAUUCUUAGUCCUCUUGAACAGGAAACCCAUAUUCACAUAGCAUUGAAUUGUGAUACGAAAAUACUAGAGGUACAGUUGCCGCGAUUGAAGCUUGACUUUUUUCUCAAGGACGCUCAGAGCUUGCUCGAGUCGAAGCAAUUUCGGGGGAUGGUUGUGGAUAAGAAUCAGUCCAUUGGAGCAUUCACUGGACUGGUAAAUAAGCUUGUUUUACACCAAGCUGACCAAACAUCUCGAUGUGUGCUUGUGCCGUAUGGUAAUGUGUCUUUUACACCUCAGGGCCACCAUGUUCAGGUCACGAUUGACAUGACUCCCGGACUUGAAGUGAAGUACCAUUCAUACCAGCUUGACAAUCUGCUUGGACGUCUCGUAGGCAAUGGAAGCCUUCAAAGUCGACUAUUCAAAAUUUACCUUCACGCUUUAACAUCACACUGUUUGAUCGACCGGCUCACUAGACAUACGGGUACAGAACAAGCUCUUCAUGAUCUCGCUGGCGCUGCAACUCGAUCAUUUGUCGAGCUUGAACCUGUUGACAUCGAACUCCUGGAAAAAAUUGCACAACUGACCCCGCAACGUCAAUUUUAUCCAAAGUAUUUGCAAGUGACGCAGCAGGUAGAAUGGAAGCUGUUGUCUCCACUUUCGCAGCACUGCGAAUUUCACGAGCAAGUAAUAUCAAUCCUGGAUCAAGCCAAGUCAUUCCAGAUCUUUCAAGAACACCGUAUAACACUACCCAGUCUGGGUAUACAUAGCAAGCAAUUCCUUCGGGAGAGGGCCGCAAUUCGAGAGUCGUCGUUUCAGGUUCAUGGAUUUGGCGCUGUUGCUUUGACUGCUGACGACGAUAAAAUUUAUGAUGCACGAGAUCAGUGUAUUGAUACAGAUCGAGAGCUUCGUACCUGUCAGACUUCGAGACUCGUAAACGAUUGGUCUAAAGAGCUCGCGGUAUGCCCACAGUUGCUAUCCAAGGUUGAGUCAUGGACCGGACCACUCAAGGGUCCCGAGUUCCAUGAUUUGAUACUAGGAUUUGAUCUAAAGUGGUUAGAGGACCCUACCGGAUUUCUACCAAGUUACUGGUGCACUCUCCACAAGGUCCUUUCCCAGAGUGUGGUUAAAAGAGAUAAGUACAAGGUUAUGGUCCUCUUAUCUACCCUCUCAUACUCCCGCUACGCAAAUCAAGAGCUUAUCCUAACCCUCCUGGCCUUUGCAACCUCACCAAGAUUACGGACGCUUCAACCUCCACACUACCCAAUGUUUCAACUCGUCGAUGGUUACGAGCCAGUGGAACAGAAAUUAGUAAGCCUGGCAGUAAACCAUGCACGAGACUUUAUCAACUGUCCCGAGUACAAUCUGAUAGAUCUCUUUGGUGACAGACAGCAGGAAUAUGAAAGAGCAAUUGAUGAGCAUGCGAGGAUAUUCGCGAGAAAUCUCAUAGCCCAAUGGCCUACGACAGAUAUAUCUACACCUACUGAAGCUAACCUGAACACAUACAUUAAGGUUCAACAAGCAGUCGAAAGCGCAUCUCUCCACUUUCAGAGUUGGCACCGGAAUGCAGAGUUCCAGGAAUACAUUCAGCAAGUCCAAGCUAUUCUAGAUGAUUUAAAUCCCAAGGAACAACAUCUACAAGACUAUUCCAUCCCACGAACAGUUGACCAGUAUAAUUUUCGGCGUCCCUAUAUAAAUUUCGAUGACCUUAUGAGUACAGAGGCUCCUCUUCUUCCCAUCCCAAACCCAGAGAAUUUUGAAGAGUGGAUGAUCCGAAGUACCAGAGGAUCUACCAAUCAAACCAAAAUCAAGGAGCUACUUGCGAAAAUUUCUUCUAAUUGCUCCACUAUGCACGAGGAGCAAUAUGCCGCUGAUCUAGCCAAGAGUUUAGAGGCGUUAUCCGAAGAGAGCUCUGUUAAGUUGAAAGACGUGCAAAAUUUGAAAUCGUGUCUACAAGCUUACUUCAUACGAGCCCGACACUACAAAGAAGACAUCUACAACAAAAUUUGCGAGAACUUGCAGACUGGUUUGCACCCCUUUCUUCGAGAAGCUCAGAUGCUGCCUCGCUUGUCGCCGAUCUCAAUUCUCUCACAUUUAGCUAGAGGUAACGUUACCACGCUCCCGUGUGAUUGGAAGAUGAUCUUGGUGCAAUAUGGGCUUUCCAUCACAUCCUUUCAAUAUGCAAAGCGUCUUCUCGCAUCUACUAGGAACAAGGUUGAACUCUUGAGCGAACUCGAGAAUCCUGGCCAUCAAAACUGGAACCCAAUGCAACAUCCUCAACGGCUUCUUCUCGAGAUCGAAAGUAAUAUCCUGAUACGACAGCCGCAGGCUGCAAUUGCUCAAGAAAUGGUUUCACCAUCGUCGGGAUCAAAUUCUGUUAUGCAGCUGAAUAUGGGACAGGGAAAGACGUCUGUCAUUGUUCCACUUAGUGCCGAAGAGCUUGCAGAUGGAAUAAAACUCGUUCGGGUCAUCGUCCUUAAGUCUCUUGCAACUCAAAUGUUCCAGACAUUGGUGGAAAAACUUGGGGGUAUGCUAAACCGACGUAUCGUCUACAUGCCAAUCUCUCGGUCACUCAGUUUGAAUGUGCAUCAAGGACGCCAAAUUUGUCAGAUGUAUCGAGAUUGCAAGGAAAACGGAUCAAUUCUUUUACUUCAGCCAGAGCACCUGCUCUCGUACGAGCUGAUGGGGUUCGAUCGGCUUCUCUCUGGUGAAUUAGAGUUGGGCAAAAUCCUGAUUGAGUCCCAGGAUUGGCUGUACGCAAACUCACGAGACAUUCUCGACGAAAGCGACGAGAUCUUAAGCAUACGACGUGAGCUGAUAUAUACCAUAGGUGUACAACGUGCUAUCGAUUUUAGUCCAGAGCGCUGGAACAUAAUUCAAUAUGUUCUAGAAAUGUUAAGCCUCUCCGCAAAACAUGUCCUCGAGCAAUUUCCCCAUGGUUUAGAAGUGAUCCCGUCACCACCUGGAGGACUUCCUCGACUCCGAAUACUUCAAACUGCGGCGGGAGAAAAGCUUUUAGAAAAUGUUGCACGUCAGCUCUGCGAGAAUGGCCUGAAAGGAGUGCCUGUAUGGACACUUUCUGAAAAACUCAAAACAGCCUUGUUCAUGUUUCUCACUGACCCGAGCCAGAGCGCAUUAUCUUUAAAUGUAUUACAAAAAUCUAGGUUUUGGUCCGAGUCUAUAGGCAGUAGCCUCCUCCUUCUCAAGGGCUUAUUUGCUCAUGGGAUUCUAAGAUUUGUCCUUGAGCAAAAGCGAUGGCGUGUAAAUUACGGCCUCGAUCCUUCGCGAUCUAUGCUUGCUGUUCCUUAUCAUGCAAAAGAUAGUCCAGAAGCCCGUUCGGAAUUCAGUCAUCCGGACACCACGAUCGUCCUGACCUGCCUGUCUUAUUACUACAGUGGUCUUUCGGAUCAACAGAUUUAUUCAAGUUUUGCAGUGUUGCUUCAGUCUGAUGAUGCCCAGGAGAAAUAUGAUCGGUGGGUAGAGGACUCUCCAGAAUUGCCGGGCCCUUUCAAACAUAUCACCGGUGUCAACCUAAGCGAUGCUGGACAGUGUUCACGAGAGCUUUUCCCGCCACUACGAUUCUCCAAAGGUAUCAUCAAUUUUUAUCUUUCAGUUCUUGUUUUUCCUAAAGAGAUGAAAGAGUUCCCUCACAAACUCUCAUCUUCCGGCUGGGAUAUUGCCCGAAAGAAAAGUCAUCCAACCACAGGCUUUAGCGGGACAAAUGAUAGUAGAUAUGUGUUACCACUAUCUAUUGAUCAACGCGAUUCGCCAAAGCAACUGUCGACGAAUGCUGCGAUGCUGGAUUGUUUGUUACGACCUGAAAACUCCUUUAUAGAUAUAGAGCAAUUUUCAGCUACAGGUGUUCUCGACGCUGAAGUUCUCUUGGGCAUAAUUUCGAAUUUGAGACCUCAAGUCCGUGUCAUCAUUGACGUCGGGGCUCAGGUUCUGGAGCUAGAGAAUGAGGAAAUGGCCAAGGAAUGGCUAUCACGAGUUCCAGAAUCCCAGGCACAGGCGGCUAUCUUCUUUGACAAUCGAAACGAGAUCUGGGUUCUAAGCCGCGACGGAAGAAAAGAGCCUUUGCUAAUGUCGCCUUUUUCAAAGCAAAUGGAUCAAUGUUUGGUAUAUCUCGACGAAUCCCAUACGAGAGGAACGGAUCUGAAAUUACCCCCCAAUUAUAGAGCCAUUGUGACUUUAGGUCCUGGUCUUGUCAAGGAUCGACUUGUUCAAGCAUGUAUGCGCAUGCGAAAGCUUGGAAAUGGCCAGUCAGUCGUAUUGUGCAGUUCGAUGGAAGUUCAACGCAAGAUUCUCGAAUGUAGCGGCAGGACUAAAGGUGAUAUUGAGAUAGUCGAUGUACUGAGAUGGAGCGUUAGAGAGAGUUGUACACAUACAAACAAGAUGAUCCCAUUAUGGGCGAUACAGGGUAUGCGACACCAAAAUCGUCGUUUAGUCUUUACAGGGUCAUCAACAAUUAAGGACCGUGUGGAAAGAAUUCUUGAGCCUGAAGCGCAAACCCUUCAGCAAAGAUACGGCGAUGAAGAUACACGCUUUGAGAAUCCAAUCUCGCCAAUUACCACCAACGAUUUGACCGAGGACUGCGAAAAACAGAUAAACGAUAUUCGUACCAAGUGCAAAAAAUUUGAAGUUGCCUCUUUAACUUCAGCAACGUGCGAAGAAGAACAAGAGCGCGAGCUUUCUCCUGAGAAUGAACGUGAGCAGCAGGUUGAGUUGCCACCACCAUUGACGCCUUGCCCCCACAUUAUCCAUAAAGAUGUACGGCAGUUAGCAGUAAGUGGUGUGCUGAGCCGAUCAUCCAAAGCUUUCCUGCCAGCCUUCCAGACUCUUCGCAGUACCACUGCUAUUCCCUAUUACGAUUCAGCGUGGCCUAAUGAUUUGCUGGUAACGGCCGACUUUGUGAAUACAGUUCAAGCUGCAGACACUCAGCCUUUGGACGAUUUUUUGAGACCAGUACACUGGAUUGUGAGCUGCAAGAGAGGGAGCAUUAGGGACUUUGUAAUACUGAGUCCGUAUGAAGCUCAAGAGCUCUUGCCAUCAAUUAAGCAGUACAAGAAGACAAUUCUGCACGUGUACUCCCCACGCCUUUCUGCAUCGGUUCCAACCCUGGAAGAUCUCAAAUUUUGUGCUAUUCCCUCUGUCCCAGCUUCAUGGUCAACUCCUCCUAUCUCUAACCAGCUUAAUAUUUUCGCCGGUCAGUUAUACAUCCAAACAUACGAAGAUUAUCUAUCGCUCUGUAGCUUUUUGGGAAUCUGCUCUCACCAUCUAGACAAUAAAGAUAUGGAGAUCGGACACGAUGGAUUCGUGAGUCCGGAAUACCGAACCAGAUCUUCCUUGACCCAAGCGUGUCCCUUCCGAACUAGCCCUGUACCAUUUGUUAGGACAAUUAUGAUGUUGAGGAGGAAGGGGCAAAGUAUUUCCUUUUCACAUAUGGGUAGAAUUUUUAAUGGAGAACUGAUUGUGCAAGAUCAAUUCUCGAGAUAG